ACUCGGCUGAGAUGUGCGUCUGAAGGGCGAGACCGGGCUGCAGCGGCUUUUCUCGGUACGAGGCUUCGAUUUUUCGGACUCAGGGCUUGCUUUCACAGAGACAGAGAGAGAUUCAGAGAUGGGGGGUGGCCAUGGAGAGGGCACGACGUACAAGGGAUUCACAGUGCAUCACCCGAAGCGUUGGCACGCGCUCACCGGGAAGGGCUUGUGCGCUGUCAUGUGGUUUUGGGUGCUCUAUAGGGCCAAGCAAGAUGGGCCGGUAGUAUUGGGCUGGCGGCAUCCAUGGGAGGGUCACGACGAUCAUUCUAAUGGCCACAGGCAUGAACAUUAGGCUGCAUUCCAUCCAGGGAGCCGAAAGGAGAGGCUAUGAAUUCUGUUGAUGGGGUUCUUGGCACAAAUUUCGAGUGAACUUUGUUUAUUUCUGUUUCAUGAAUAAGGUGAUUAUUGUGAAGAAAUGAUGUGUGGACAUGAUGUGUUGGAACUUAAAAACUCCAUGUGAGCUUGUUAUUCUGUAAGCAUGGAUACAACUCUUGGUUUUUACGUGUCAUGUUUCUGGCCUUCCACCCUUUCUUGUGAUAUAUUUUGGAGCAUCAGUGGCAGCUCCCAUGCUUUAUUCCA